AUUCCUUACUGUUCUGCUCCGGCUCUGUUUCCACCACUGGCUCCCAGGCUAGCCUUUGGGAAACGGAAACUGAAACUGAAGCUGAAGCUGAAUCAGUCGCUGGUAGGCUGCUCCCAGACACACCCUCUGACGUGUGAGGCUCAGGCUCAGAAAAGGGGUGAGCUGCCAGCGCCUGCCGGAGAGGAGCUGGAGCUGAGAGAGUGAGCGCAUCAUCAUCCUUGUCGUCACGGCCUGUGGAGGACCAGGCAUCAGAGCCCACAGCCAUGGGUGGGUACCUGAGGGUGAAGAUGCUGAGCAAGGAAUUCCGGGUGCCCAUGAGGGACUCCAUGCUGUUGUCGGAACUGAAGGAGCUGAUCACCAAGGAGACCCAAGUGCCUGCCUUCCGGCAGCGCCUGGUGGUCCAGGCAAGCACUGAAGUGCUGCAGGACGGGGUUCCCCUGGCCCACCAGGGCCUGCGCUCUGGCAGCGAGGUUGUGCUGGUGGUGCAGAGCUGCGACAAGCCCCUGAGCAUCCUGGUGAGGAACGAGAGGGGCCACACCAGCGCCUACGACGUCCUGCUGACGCAGAAGGUGGCCGAAUUCAAGCAGCAGGUGGCUGACCGGGAGAGAACGAGUGUCCACCAGUUCUGGCUGAAUUUCCAGGGGCUGCCCCUGGAUGAUGAGAAGCAGCUGGGGGAGUACGGCCUCACACCCCACUGCACUGUGCAGAUGAAUCUGCGCCUUCGGGGGGGCAUGGAGGGACCAGGAGGGCAGGGCUGAGAGCCACACCAGCCAGCCCCUGGCCAGGAGAGCCCAUAAUAAACAUUGAUGCAAAG